AUGUCAACGGACCAAGCUAUGAGAUCUACUGGCUUCGUUCUGGUUCUUUCUUCUGAGCCCCGAACUUACGGGCUGAUGGUCGUCGUGGUAGGCUCGAUGGCAAUCUGCAUACUUUUCGUGGUCUUUACUUGGAAGACGGGACAUGAACCUGUUUACGGGAUCGUCUCGUUAGGGCUGCUGGCAUUCUUUGGAUUGUAUUUGGUUCCCGCGAUUGUCAUCAUAGGAGACAAGGAGAAGCAAGACACGGCACGACCACUUUUGGUUACCCGCUGGAUCGAGACCGCUGCUUGUGCAUUCAUGGCUUAUAUGUUUGGAAAGACAUCUUGCGGCUACACGCCCGCCUCCGAGGUGGCUGGCCUGGUCGGCCUCAUGAGCUUGAACAUACUGUUGUUUGGGCUCCUGAGCCUGUGCUUCAAUCAACAGACAGGUGAAGUCACAUGGUCUCCUUGCAGCGCAGAAGGGAGCAAGGAUCUGAAGUGCAAUUCAGCUCAGGUCCAGCAAAAUGUCGUAGCAUGCGGUCCAGCAGAUGGCCUUUCAUCAGCAGGGUUCGAGAAGUUCACAGGCGUGGCUGUCAAGGUAGAGGACAUUGGGGACUCCAACGGUGCUGUGGCAGAGGCUCUUGAGAAUCGUCAGACGGCCGACGACCCACCUCCGGCGCAGAGGCAAAAGAGCAAAGCGAAAAGAAAGAAGAUGGUGAUUGUCAAAAGAAAGGCAAGGAAGCCACCAUCACAGCGAAGUCCAGAAGCAAAAUCAAGUACGUCACCAGAUGCUUCUGUGAUUGGGAGCGAUCAAACGCAAGACGCCUUCCCUGGUGACGUGGCAUGCGAGAUACCUGAGGCCUAG